AUGCGUCCCACUGGAACUACUGAAACUUGGUUAACACACCCAACUCUAAACUGGGAGGACACAAAGGAGACUGCCCCAAGAACUAAUGACGAGGGAAAGAAUAUUUCGAGCCCAAGCCAGCUGCUAGGCGAUGAAACAACUCUCUUUGUGAUGCAACUUCUGAUGUUCUACGUGACCCCAGCAAUAUCAGUUCUCGGCGCGUUGGGCAACGUGUUCAGCAUCAUCAUCCUGGUCAAGCACGGACUGGACAAAUGCUCAAACAUCCUGCUAUUCUGCCUGGCCGUGACAGAUCUCACAUUUCUCAUCUCCUUCAACAGCGUGCCUAAAGUCCUUUACGAGGUGACAGGGGAGCCUUUUGCCUGGGCGUACUCGGAAUCCGCCAGCUGUGCAGCCUUCGUGAUGUUUAUCAUCUUCAACAUUUUGGACUACGCCAUGGGUUACAUAUCACUAACCAUCCCUAUGCUUAUCACUAUAGAACGUCUUAUCGCUGUGUUCAUGCCGUUGAAGUUCCACCAGAUUAUGACGCCGAAGAGAACAUGGGGGAUGGUGGGCGUCACAUAUUGCUUUUGGUACUCUUACAAUAUCUACUCCUCCUUCUGGUUUGAGUUCGGUUAUGAAUUUAGACCUCAUUUGAACAUCUCCGUUGGGCUCAUUCAACGCUCACCUCUCUACUACAGAGAACUGAACGCGGUGUCUUUUAUGCAAGAGUUCGUGACCUACAGCAGCAUGAAGAUACCCCCAGUGUGCACGCUUCUUGGCUGCAUCAUCAUUUCCGCCAAGAUCAGAAUGGCGUCCGUGAAACGGAAAAAACUAACGUCUGCUGGAGGCAAGAGAGAAUCCUCCUCCUCCUCCUCCAGCACAAGGACGACGAAGAUGUUACUGGCUGUCUGUGCUGUGUACACAGUGACGUGUGCCAUACUCUCGCUACCCACGUACAUCCCACAGUACGCUUACUACACACUGACAGGGGACGCGCCGAACAACGUCGGCCGUAUAGCGUACCAGUUGAUGAACAUCAUCGUGUGUGUGAACAGCUCAUGCAACUUUGUUGUCUACGUAGGCAUGAACAAGAAAUUCCGGGACACUUACAAGUCUUUAUUAUGCUGUUCCUGUCGCUAUGCGAAGCGGAAUCAAAAUGCAAGAUUAUGA